CUAAAUUUGAACAACUUAACUUUGUUUCUAGCUAGGACUUGGCUUUUCUCUGUCAGCACUGACGUUGUGAAAUGACAGUAUAGUUGCGAAGGGUGACAACUCUAGUGCCGUAAAGCAAAACAAAAACAGAAGAAAUUUAAAUCGUCAUUGUUAGUAACAGCGAUUAAAGUUGUUUCCAUUUUGGAGGGCGAACGAAGAUGUCCUUCCGCAAUUCUUGCUUAGUGGCGGCAGCGCUGCUGCUGCUCCUGAUCCAAGAGCAUGCCUGUGACGCACCAGCUACGCAGAAGUCUGUGACUACUCCGGAGAAAAGUGCGCCGGUUAGCAAGACCGUAAAGAAGGCAAAGCCUGAGGAUCCGCCGGCUGGUCCAAAAGAUUCUAUGGUUGUUGUGAGCAAGGGAGGCCCAGAGCCCGCUGCGCCCCCGGCAUUGCCGCCUGAUUCCAAGCCCCCCGCAUUGCCAGUCGAUGACAAGCAUGCGGCCCCAGGAUCCGCCGCCAGUGCUGCCGGUGACGAAGUUCGCGUGGAGCAUUCUCAUGACGAUUCUCCCGGCCAGGCCGUGGUCUACAUAGUGGUGGGCAUCACCAGCACUGCUAUCCUGCUGUUCGUAAUGCGGGUUUAUCGGCUGCGUCUUUCACGGGCCGAGCGAAAGUACGGCGUGCAGGGCGACCGGGCCAACCAGGAGCUGACACCGUUGCCCAUGGCCAUCGAGGACGUCAACAGCGACGAGGAGGACCACACCCUGUUUGAGGUCAAUCGCCAGAACAUACGCAUAUUAUGAAAUAGCCAACAGCAUCACUCGCCAAAGAUCUGGGUGGCCGUGGCGCCAUUACCAACACAACUCCUCAGCAGACUUGCCUUAUUUCGUAGCUAUAUAAUGCUUUGUAGAUUUACGCCGUAGCCGCUAACACAUAGCACAUUAAGUCCAAUGCCCGGUUCUCCCACUAACUAAGUAACUAAGUUCUGUGCAUUUCUCCCCACUCGCAGUUGGUUCAAGUUUAACGAAUCAAAGGAAAACAAAACCACUUGUGAUAACGAUUACAAUGAUACAUGUAUGUCUAUAAGAAACAGGAUGCCGCCGCUGAAGCCCCGAAGGCAUUAAAAAUCUCAAAUUACGGAUACUCUCCACUCGCCUCAACGCGUAUCUGUUCCAUAUUAAUAAAUGUUAUAUUAAAUGUA